CAGUGCUGGGAUCUUGCUGGGUGUCUGGCUCUUCCUUUCUCUGCCCUGCUCGCUUGAGCUUCAGCAGAAGUCGACAUGGCUGGCGGUAAGCUUGGGAAAGACUCCGGAGAGGCCAAGACAAAGGCGGUUUUCCGCUCCCAGAGAGCCGGCUUGUUGUUUCCGGUGGGCCGUAUCCAUCGACACCUGAAAUCUGGGACGACCAGCCAUGGACGUGUAGGCGCUACCGCUGCUGUGUACAGCGCAGCCAUUCUGGAGUACCUCACGGCAGAGGUACUUGAAUUGGCAGGCAAUGCAUCAGAAGACUUAAAGGUAAAGCGUAUUACCCCUCGUCAUUUGCAACUUGCUAUUCGUGGAGAUGAAGAAUUGGAUUCUCUCAUCAAGGCUACAAUUGCUGGUGGUGGUGUUAUUCCACACAUCCACCAAUCUCUGAUUGGGAAGAAAGGACAACAGAAGACCGUCUGAAGGAUGCCUGGAUUUCUUAUUAUCUCAGGACUCUAAACACCCUAACAGCUGUCUAGUGUUGGUGAUUCCAGCGGACUGUAUCUCUGUGAAAAACACAAGUUUGCCUUUGUGUAAUUCUAUUUGAGCAAGUCGCAAGUUUAAUUAGCUUUCCAACCAACCAAAUUUCUGCAUUCGAGUUGUAACCAUAUUUAAGUGUUACUUUGGCUUCAAAGAACCUUGAUUCUGAAGUAGUGGUUUUGAUUGAGUUGACUGCUUUUAAAAAACUGUUUGGAUUUUAAUUGUGAUGCAGAAGUUAUAGUAACAAACAUUUGGUUUUGUACAGACAUUAUUUCCACUCCAGUGGAUAAGCUCAAUAAAGGUC